AUGGUGUCUAAUACAAGUAGAUCUUCCCACUUGGUGAAGAUAAUCAGUGACAGCACUACCAAAAUCGAGGUAUAUCGUCAGGAACAAGGUUUACCACCCCUAAGUUUAGGGCCUGAUGCACCGCUUGAUGUGAAAUACCCACCCAAUGUGGAACAAUGUCGACGGGCCGUUAUCGAUGCGAGCCUAGAGUUGGGCGACCUGGCAACGGGUCCCGUCGAACUUCGUCUCGUACCUGGAUGGGCAGUCAUGACCAUGUUCGGCGUGACCCAAUUCAUCUGCGACUUUGAUAUUGCCCACCGGGUUCCUAUGACAGGCGACGUGUCGUACGAAGAGCUCUCCAAGACUGUCAAGGUCGGUGCGUCCGUUCUUCGUCAGGUCCUGCGGGCUGGCAUGCCCUACCACAUGUUCUACGAGCCACGGCCGGGUCACGUCGCGCACACGGCGACCACCAAGGUCAUGGCGCGGGAGCCACUGAUCAAAGACUGGACUGGCCUGUCCACGGACGUCUUGCUUCCUGCUAGUGCUGGGCUGACCGAAGCCUUGAGGAAAGAACCCGCGGCCAACGACCCCGCCAAAACGGGCUUCAUGCUCGCCAAAGGAGACGGCGAGUCCGGCAUGUUCAAGUACAUUGAGAAGCACCCGGAGCAAGCUCGAAGAUUUGCAGGCGUCAUGGGGGCAUUCCAGCAAGAUGAGGCGUACGCGCCACAACAUCUUAUCGACAGCUGGCCGGAUGAUUUGCAGAACGGUAAACUCGUCGACCUAGGCGGAUCCACGGGCGCCGUGGCUUUUGCGAUGGCCGAAGAGUACCCAGGGCUCGAGAUAGUGGUCCAGGACUUGCCCGGGGCACUUGAAGCUGCACAAGUUCGAGAGGGCAGGAAUGUGUCGUUCAUGCCUCAUGACUUUUUCAACGAGCAGCCUGUCAAGGAUGCUGACGUAUUUAUGUUUCGCUGGGUUUUGCACAACUGGCCCGAUGUCCAUGUCCAACGCAUCCUGAGAGCUUUGAUCCCGUCGCUGAAGCCUGGUGCCAAGAUCAUCAUCUUUGACGAGAUCAUGCCUCCGGCUGGCACGAUGACUUUGAGCGUGGAGCGAUAUCAACGAAACAUUGAUUUCGGCAUGUUGACCCUUUUUAACUCUAAGAUUCGUGACGUCGAUGAAUGGAAAGAAGUCAUUACUCAGUCAGACCAGCGCUUCAGGGUCGCAGAUGUUAGGUACCCUGAGAGUUCUCGACUGUCCCUCAUUGAAAUCGUAUGGCAGCCAUAA